AUGGCUGCAACUGCUUUUGUCUCUGGUGCUACUGGGUUUAUCGCUCAACACAUUGUUAAACAAUUACUUGAGAAAGGAUACAAUGUUGUCGGAUCAGUAAGAUCUGAAUCUAAGGGAGAGAAGUUGAAGAAGAACUUUGGUUCGAACUUCUCUUACGAAAUCGUUGAAGAUUUAGAAACCGAAGGUGCCUUCGACAAAGCUUUGAAGAGACACCCAGAAGUGACUGUGUUCCUCCAUACAGCUUCACCUGUUACUGCUCAAGCUGAAGACAAUGAAAAAGAUAUAAUUCUCCCUGCUAUUAAUGGUACAGUCAACGUAUUGAAGGCAAUCAAGUCAUCAGCUCCACAAGUAAAGAAGGUUAUUAUCACAUCUUCAGGCGUUACUCAGCUUGAUGGAGUUGAUCUCAGUUCAACUGCUUCAGAAGAUACAUGGAAUAGUAUUUCAUAUGAGCGUGCUAAAGAAGAUGGAAUUGCUGCUUACAUUGGCUCAAAGACAUUUGCUGAAAAGGCAGCAGUUGAAUUCGUUGAAACAGAGAAGCCAAAUUUCGCUGUAUCAACUAUUCAUCCUGUACUUGUCAUUGGGCCUCAAGCAUUUGAUCUGGAAGCUAAGGGGCAAUUAAACCUUUCAAAUACCUAUGUUAGUGGCUUAUUAAAUUUGAAAGCAAGCGAAGGAGGAGAGCUCCCACAAUCAGAUGGUAUUUUUGUUGAUGUCAGAGAUGUUGCUGCUGCUCAUUUGAUUGCAAUUGAAAAGCCUACUAAUGGAUUGAGAGUUCUUGUUCACAGUGAAGGGUACUCCACUCAAGAGUUUUUGAAUAUUUUAAACAAAAACUUCCCAGAAUUGAAUCUUAUCAAAGGAUCUCCAACUGAGAAUCUAGUGGACAAUAAAUAUGUUGGUGAUGUUAAAUCUAGAGAAUAUUUGGGAUUAAAUUAUAUUGGUUUAGAGAGAAGUGUUGUUGACACCAUCAAGCAAUUUCUUGAAGCAAAUAAAUAG